UCCCUACGGUUCCUGUUGCCCUGGGCUUGGCCACCGGUUGUCCCUCGACUCCCCCCGCCAGCCGCCGCGCCCCGAAGCAUUACCUAGUGCUGCGGUCACGGUUGCCGUCACAGGCACCCUCCCAACCCCACCCUUGACCUGCCCGCGGUCCAUCUCCCUCCCUCCCCCGCACCUGCCAGCCAGCAGCUCCCCGGGGCCGCAGGUGCGGACAAAAACGGAAUUCCACGCCCCGCGGAGAACUGCCAGCUCUUGGGAAAAGAAGGGGAAGUGCUGCCAGGCUGAUGUCCCAGGUUGUGCCUUUUUAGCCAAGUAUGGAAGUAAUUCAUGGCAGGCCCUACUGUUACAGGGACCAUGAAGGAGCUGAUAUACUCUCAGACACCUUUUACUCCAAUGAAGUGCACACUCCACUACUAAGAACUACUCGCCCAACCGCAUCAGAGGACAGGUAUCAUGAGUUAAGGGAGUUGCUCCAACGACGUAGGCUUCCAUGGGGCACUGAACAGGAAUGUGGUAGGAUACCCAUUCCACUCCCUGAAGACCACAGGUCAAAAUGUGUCAUGCACAAAGGACAUCAUCAUUAUGGACUUGGUGGAGAAAACUGGCCAAGAAAAAUUCCUAUUGAACAAUACUACUAUUUGACACAGAACAAAAAAGGUGACCUCUAUGAAAAUGAUGCUUUGAUGCCCAAGCCACCUAGUUCAGCAGCAGUAGAAAUCUGUUCCCCAUAUCCAAUUGAACACCCCUACCACACACACAUCCCUCGCUGUGCCAUGUUCCCGAACUUUACAUCACCUAAGGAGCGCUACACUGGCGUUAAAGCACGAAACCAGCAGCCAUUUCCUCCCACUGUGCCAACAAAGCCUUAUGAUGCAAGGAUUUUGAAGACAAGAGGCAAUCCUUAUCGAUAUGAACUAAUUGAUAUUCCUAUGGAUUCAAAGAAGAAAGCCUUGAAUUGGCCAGGUCAGGCUGUAUAUUAUGAUCUUCCUAAAUGUGCUGCAAAAAACAAGCCAGUAUUCUACCCAAAACCUCCUAAAACCUUCGCUCCUAACACUACUUUAAAUACAUGGGACGCUAUUAACUCUCUUAAAGAAGCCAAUAUGCAAAGAAAUCUUGAGAGAUCCCACUGGAUCACUUCAUACAAUCAUGAUUUUACAGGUUUGGGACCCAUGAACCCUCUUGAACUAGAUGAUUACCAUGAAAAGGAAGUAGCAGACUUAACUGGACAAGUAGGAUUUGACCCAGAACCUCAAGAAAAAUCCCAUCCUGUCAUAAGUCCUCCCAAACCUCUGGAUGGAAGAAUUGCCAGACUCAUGCAUAACCGACGCCCCCUGGAGGCUACUAGCCAGCAAAAACCACCCCCCUGUCCAGAUUGUACCCCUACCCUUUUGUGUACUUUUCAUACCUUUGUAUCCGCUUCUGAAGAAAUGAUAGCACUUAGGAAUAGCACACAGGCAGAGGUAGCCAAAAAAAAUAAGGAAAUUGAAGAUAAGAUUAAGGAAGAACUGAAGUUGCUAUCAACUUGUUAUGCAAAAAAAGACAUGACUAACAAUGAUGAUGUAAAAUCAUGUCCCAAAAUCACAGAUACUAAAAAGACAGAAGACUUAUACUGGAGGCAGUUGUCAUCAAAACCCCAACCUACAUCUCAAUGUAACCCAAACCAACACAUUCAGUAUGACCAACUUAAAUCUACCUUACGUGACCAGUACGACUCAUGUCAAAACCCUAAUAACGCUAAUAAGCCUAGUAUUUCACGAAAUAAAUCAGACUCCGGUUUCAAUUUAGAACACUUUUUAAGUAAGUCAGAAGAACAGUUCCUCUUGAACAUGGAAAACAAUGAAGACAUGAGACCUAUCCUGGAUUGGAUUCCUAGAGCUGGAAUAGCAAAGCCACAAACUGACCUGCUGGAGCUUAAGAACUGUUUUUCAAAAACUGGUGCACAAAAAAGCUUCUAUAAAUCAAUUUUAGAAGAUAAUAAAGACCUCAGGGAUAAGGUGCAUGCAGGGAUGAAACACCAGUUUUAUGGCCAUAAUUCCUAUUAUUUCUAUAAUUGAAAUAUCCAUCUUUCCCUUCGAAACUCAGCUUCUCUCAAGAAAAAAAAAAAAUAGCAGAAAGUCUUCCUUGUUGAAGUCUGCUUUCUGAAGGAGUCAUAAUGACCUUAAUAAAAAGGUUUAUCUUUUCAGGGAUUUAAGUUAAGAUCUUCUCAGAGGAACUAAAAAGAAAAAGGAGAAAAAAGUGUUGCUCUGACUUCCUGGAAAGAUAGACAAUUUGGCAAUAAAAGACUAGAACCAGAAAAGUUUACGGUCUUUAAUCUCAUUUUAAAAUAUACUCCAGAUCCAGGAAGCUGGCUUAGUGAUAAGAGCACUUAAAGUGUAUGUUUGAGGCUCUGGAAUCCCUAGAAGUUCAUAAAAACAAUACAUUGGCAGAAUAGUGCUCUAGUAUAACACAUAUACACAGAAAGAAAUAUACUCCAGGACAUUUUCCAAAACCAUUAAAAGCAAUAUAUAUUAUGUGUAUGACAAAGUUCAGACCAGCAAUUUGCCAAAAUGAAUACAGAUAAUCCCUGAAUAAUGUGGACUAUAAGGACAGCAAGUUAAAGCUCCCAAUAUAUCAGUAACUUUUAACUCCCUGAAAACUUAACUACUAGCAGCCUACUUAAUCCUCAUAGUCUCAAGUUAAGAAUAUGGAGAAGAGUGAGGUUUGAAAAGAAAAAAAAAUGCACGUGUAAGUAGACCCACGUAAUUCAAACUUGCAAUGUUCAAGAGUCAACUGUACUUGAAAAAAUUCAGAUGCCCACUAAUUGAUAGAUGUCUGUACAUUAUUAAAAAUAAGUAUGUGAACACUGUUCCUUUAUGUAAAUGUAUGAAAUGAUAAAUACAUACAAAAGACAAUAAUUAAAUAUCCAACUGAAUGCAGGAUGGACAGCUCUCUACAAACUCCAUUACUUAAUAAAGUAAAUAUGUGGAUCUUGUUCCUCUCUGUAAACAUGUAGACAAAAUAAAUCAUUAAAAGAGAAAA